UUUCUUAUCUCUGUCACCAACAAGAGACUGAAUCUGCAUGCCAUUCCACCACUGAAGUGAGGUGUUCUGAGUUGCUGUUUAACCCUCUGAAAACACCCACCUGAAUUCUCUGCUCUCAACAGAGCAGCCCAAGGAUAAACUCUCAAGUAAAUCCUAUGUGACUGAAGAUAUAGGAGCCUGACUCUGAUUUUCACCUUCACCCAAAAAAGAUGGAGCUCGGUGAGAUCGUUGUGACUGAACGUUCCAGUGAGAGGCAGAUGUACAAGAGGCGGGUGCCAAGAGCCCAGGACCUGCUGUGGAGAAGCAGAAACUGGAUCCACCAAGUUUUUGGGUAUCUCACAGGAGAAAUGAAAGAAUAUGGAGAGUGGAUGAAAAACAAGCCCUUAAUGGUUCAGCUGGUGGACUGGAUCUUGCGAGGGACCUCUCAGGUGAUGUUUGUCAACAACCCCCUCAGCGGGCUGAUCAUUUUGGUGGGGCUUUUCCUCCAGAGUCCCUGGUGGAUGCUCACAGGCUGCACUGGAACUGCUGUGUCCACAUUGACUGCACUGGCUCUCAGUCAGGACAGGUCAGCCAUCACAGCUGGGCUGCACGGCUACAACGGGAUGCUGGUGGGAUUGCUCAUGGCUGUCUACUCCAGCAAAGGGGAUUACUACUGGUGGCUUCUCCCUCCUGUGGCAGUUAUAUCAAUGGCCUGCCCUGUCCUGUCCAGUGCUUUGGGAUCCAUCUUCAGCAAAUGGGACCUUCCUGUUUUCACUCUGCCCUUCAACAUUGCAGUGACUCUCUACUUGGCAGCCACGGGACACUACAACCCCUUCUUCCCCACCACCCUCAUCAAGCCUAUAGCUGCAGUGCCCAACAUCACCUGGUCUGCAAUCAGUGUGCCACUGCUCCUACAAUCCAUCCCAGUUGGAGUUGGGCAAGUGUAUGGUUGUGGAAACCCCUGGACCGGAGGCAUUUUCCUUGUGGCUUUGCUUAUCUCCUCCCCACUGAUUUGUUUACAUGCUGCAAUUGGAUCGACAGUGGGGAUGAUUGCAGCACUGAGCAUUGCAUCCCCAUUUGACAGCAUCUACCUGGGCUUACACAAUUACAACUGUGCCCUGGCCUGCAUCGCGGUCGGGGGGAUGUUCUACGCCCUGACCUGGCAGACGCAUCUGCUGUCACUCGCCUGUGCAUUAUUUUGUGCCUACUCCGGAGCAGCUCUUGCUAAUGCCCUCUCUGUGCUCGGGCUGCCAGUCUGCACCUGGCCUUUCUGCCUGUCCGCGCUCCUCUUCCUGCUGAUGAACUCGGAAAACCCAGCCAUCUACAAAAUCCCCCUCUCCAAAGUCACCUACCCAGAAGCCAACCGGAUCUACUACCUGAGGAUGAGGAGAAGGGCCUCGGAGAGCAGGAGAGAGGAGCAGAAGCGGAAGGAGCAGAAGCCCCCCGACAACUCAAAAAUAAGCACGGGAGGCACCCCCCUGUGCACCCCCAAGAGCCGCCACGCCCACUGAUUCCAAGCAUCCACAACUGCACAGUUUUGGGGCAGCUUUCCAGACGUCAUCCCAGCACACAACACAGCCACAAACACCACCUUUGCCAGCGGUCUGCAGGCUGGGGAUUCAGCAUUCCACAGUCCAGAGGGAACACGGUUUUGCCCUUGAGCUAAGCUUUACAAAAAGCACUCAGGUAACAUAAUAACAGCUGCCUUAUCAAUCCACAUGCUGUUAACUUGGAAGUGACCUCUUAUCAAUAAUAAUUAUAAGAGUAGGCAGAAGAACAUUAAAGAUGACAGGAGGCUGUGUUUAAUUUCAGAGGUGUAAUUUAACAAAAUAAGUAUGCUGAGAAGGCAUUGGUGUCUAAUAAUAAUAAAUAAUGUAAGAACUACGUCAAGAGCUGCACUUCAAAUUAAGAACAUG